AUGAGUGGACGAGGAAAAACUGGCGGCAAAGCUCGGUCCAAGGCCAAAUCGCGCUCGUCCCGGGCAGGACUGCAGUUCCCGGUGGGUCGUGUUCACAGGCUGCUGAGAAAGGGUAACUAUGCUGAGCGGGUGGGUGCCGGAGCCCCGGUCUAUCUGGCUGCUGUGCUCGAGUAUCUGACGGCUGAAAUCCUUGAGCUGGCCGGCAACGCGGCCCGGGACAACAAAAAGACCCGCAUCAUCCCCAGGCAUCUGCAGCUGGCCGUCCGCAACGACGAGGAGCUCAACAAGCUGCUGGGAGGGGUGACCAUCGCUCAGGGCGGGGUGCUGCCCAACAUCCAGGCCGUGCUGUUGCCCAAGAAAACCGGCGGAGCCAGCAAGUGAAGAGACAGAAUCUGACCCAG